AUGAGAAGUGGUAACCAUAGUUUCUUGGAGGAUUCCCCUAAGAACUUCAUCUUGCUAGGGGUCUCUGACAGGCCAUGGCUGGAACUUCCUCUUUUUGUCGUCCUUCUAGUGUCUUACAUUCUGGCUGUGUUGGGCAACAUUGCAAUCAUUGUGGUGUCUCGGAUAGAUCCUCAGCUCCAGAGUCCAAUGUACAUCUUCCUGAGCCACCUGUCCUUCCUGGAUCUCUGCUAUACCACCACCACAGUUCCACAGAUGCUGUUCAACAUGGGCAGUUCAAGAAAGACCAUAAGCUAUGGUGGCUGCACAGUUCAGUAUGCUAUUUUCCAUUGGCUGGGUUGUACUGAGUGCAUUGUAUUGGCUUCCAUGGCCUUGGACAGGUAUGUGGCCAUCUGCGAGCCCCUCCGAUAUGCUGUUAUCAUGCGUCGCCCUCUCUGCCAGCAGCUUGUGGCAGUGGCCUGGAUCAGUGGCUUUGGCAAUUCCCUAGUUCAGGUGGUCUUGACAGUGCAGCUGCCUUUCUGUGGGGAACAAGUGCUAAACAACUUCUUCUGUGAGGUGCCAGCCAUGAUUAAGCUUUCAUGUGCUGACACAGCUGUGAACGAUGCAACAUUGGCUGUGUUGGUGGCCUUCUUUGUGGUAGUCCCCCUAGCUCUUAUUCUUCUCUCCUAUGGCUUCAUUGCUCGAGCAGUGCUCAGGAUCCAAUCCUCAAAGGGACGACACAAGGCCUUUGGGACAUGUUCUUCACACCUGGUGGUGGUCUCCCUCUUUUACCUACCUGCCAUGUACAUGUAUCUGCAGCCCCCUUCCAGUUACUCCCAAGAGCAAGGCAAGUUUAUAUCCCUAUUCUAUUCCAUAAUCACACCCACCCUCAAUCCCUUCAUUUAUACAUUGAGGAAUAAGGAUGUGAAAAGAGCUCUGAAAAGACACCUGGAAAGAAUAUGGAGGAUCUGCAGAUGA